GUUGUUGUUUCUUUCUUCACAUCACCGUUUUUCAAAUUCAGUUUCGUUUUUUCUAAUCGCCGGCGAUAGAAUCAAAAUCAGAUCUCCGUCAGAUAACGAUCAACGGCGAGAUCUCCGUCCGAUUUUUCUUUAUAAUGAUCACAAAAGCAUAAAAAAAAUCCUCCGCGCCGUCGCGUAUCUAAGAAGUUUAAAAAAUAAAAUCAAUAUUUUAAUUAGAUCUCCGAUUGAAUAUUAGCUUUUCGUUUGAUCUUCUAUAUACGACACCGUUUGGUGUGUUUUUUCGAUCGCAAUGCCGUUUGGUACGAAAAUCCAACCGAUCGGUGACUCCGAUGUAGCGGACGUGGAGAUACCUUUCCCCGAGACGAUGAAGCAAAUGCCGAAAUCGCGUUUGAAGCGUCUCUUCGAGCGUCAGUUCAGUGUAAAGAACACCGAGUCCUCCUCCUCGGCGGUUAGGCCGUUAUCGAGAGGUAACUCGGGAGAUUAUUUCGAGCCGAGCUCGGUCUGUUUGGGGAAAAUGGUUGUUAACUUCAUGGAGGAUAACAAUAACGGUGAGAAGCAGAGGUGUGGGCGAAGCAGAUGCAGUUGUUUUACAGGGAGUGGGACUGAGAGCUCUGAUGAUGAGUCUGAUUGGUCUGAUGAUUUGAGAGGUGGUUCUUCUUCUUCGUCCCGUGAAGAUUGCGUGACUCUCAAGAGUUUGGUUUUAUGUGGGAGCGUGUGUGAGAGGAGUUUGAUGGCUGAUGUGAGUAAGAUUGUGGAAGUUAGUAAGAGUUGUAAACGUAAAGAUGAGUCUUGCUUGAAGAUUGUGGUGAAUGAGUUGGUGAAGUUAGGUUAUGAUGCGGAUCUGUGCAAAUCUCGUUGGGAGAAGAAGGCUUCUUACCCUGCUGGGGAAUAUCAGUAUGUGGAUGUGAUAAUUGAUGGUGAAAGAUUGUUGGUCGACAUUGAUUUCAAAUCGAAUUUUGAGAUUGCUCGUGCCACAAAGACGUACAAGUCGGUUUUGCAGACUCUGCCUUGUAUUUUUGUGGGCAAAGCGGAUAGGUUGCAGAGGAUUGUUAACCUUAUAUGUAAAGCUGCGAAGAAGAGCUUGACGAAGAAAGGGCUUCAUGUGCCGCCAUGGAGGAGAGCUGAGUAUGUUAAAUCAAAGUGGAUGUCUCCUUAUGUUCGUGGACCAGAUGCUGAAGAAGACAAGCAGCAGGAGGCAGUGGAUGUUUUGACUAAAUCGGUUGGUGCCUUAGUCUUUGGUGUUUGAAGAAUUUGUGUGCAGUUUUAUAUAUGAUGACAUAAAAACCUCCAUAGAGAGGUGUGGUGUUGUGGAGCGAGAUAGGAGUGUUCGAAUCCUUUAAUAGUUUUUGAUAUUAAGGGUAUGAAUCUGAUGGAUCACAGUGCGUUUCCGCUUAUUUUUUUUUGAUGUAAGGGAGACUGUGAUCCAACUAUGUGACUCUGUCGUUACUUUGUGGGGAAGUAUUAUUAAAUAAUUACAUUUUACUAUUCUUAUUGGUAAGACCCUAUAUGGAUUGAUUUGCUUACUCGUGAUGUGUCCAAUCUUGCAUUUAAUUUGAAUUUGAAGUGCUUUGUACACAAAUC